CGUGCGCGAGGCCCUCGGUCGGACGCUCGGGAUUCGGGGAUUAAAAAAAAAAGCGGGAAGUCGCCUUACAGGCGCGGGAGAAAGCGCAGGUGGUGGCUUGGCAGGAAAAGGCAGGCUGCAGUGCACUGGGUCAGGCACACGCGAGGGGCAGCCCCCGAGAGCCGUCCCAGAGGCCCCCGCGCCGCUGGGGUCCUAACGGGGUGCACCGUCUUCCGCCGCACGUGGAAAAAAAAAAAUGCCCAAAUCCAAGCGCGACAAGAAAGUCUCCUUAACCAAAACUGCCAAGAAAGGCUUGGAAUUGAAACAAAACCUGAUAGAAGAGCUUCGGAAAUGUGUGGACACCUACAAGUACCUUUUCAUCUUCUCUGAAAAAAAAAAGAGGAACAGCAAGCUGAAGGACAUCCGGAACGCCUGGAAGCACAGCCGGAUGUUCUUUGGCAAAAACAAAAAAAAAAAGGUGGCCUUGGGUCGAAGUCCAUCUGAUGAGUACAAAGACAACCUGCACCAAAAAAAAAAAUGGUUUUCACGGGGUAGGGCUGAGGCAGAGCCGCCUUCUCUCCCACUACUCCCACGUGAUAGCCUCCCCCAGUCGUCGGCUGGCCCGUGGCUCAGGGAGAGCAGGGCCUGGCUUAAAGCUCUGGGUUCUCCCUUCACCUCCGGACCCAGGGAAUAACACCCUUCCUGCCUCCCAAAAAAAAAAGCUGUGACCACCAGAAACAUCUUUAAACGUUGCCAAAUGUCCCCUUGUGAGAAAAAAAAAACCUAGUAGAGAACCACUGCUCUAAUGUGACCAAGCUGGCCUCACUCUUGAU